AUCUUGAUAAAAUAAAAAGCAAAUCGUUAAUUUAUUUAAACAAAUAUACUAAAUGUUUUAAAUGGAAAAAAUGAUAAAUGAUCAAUUUUAAAAACACGUGUCUUAAUAAAACAAAAUAAUAGAUUUUAUUCGAUGACAUUUAUUAAUGACAAUCACCUGGAAACACGCUACCAUUGCUUAUUAAUUGUUUAAUAGACACCGAAUUUCAUAAAUACUAAAAAAUACGGCCAUAAAAUGUACACAAGUGUGUUAUCAUUUUUAUCAGCAACUCGACCUCAAGACACGCGUAUAUGUAAUAAUAUAUAUCAUUGUCAAAUUAACCAAAUGAUUUAGUUUACGAUUGAAGAAAGGAGGUAUCAGGUCGCAGCUAACUAACGAUGAAAACAACCCGGGUGUGCUCAGUGAUAUCAAUGUCACUAUUACUGAUACUGCUUUUCUCGAGUGUAUUGGGAAUUAUCAAUGAAGAUUUCGGAGAUUGUGAUUACGAACAGGAAAUUCAAGCCGGCAAGAGUUAUCCCGUUUUUAGUCCUAACUUUCCAUAUACGAAUUAUCGGCCAGGAACUAAGUGCCGAUGGACUGCUAGAAGUAAUCAGCAGAUCAAAAUGACAUGCAAUACUAUUUCGUUACCUGAGAGAUAUGGGUGUAGUCUUGACGUACUAAAAAUCCAGAGCUCAUCUUCGAAACCUGCUCAACGAUACUGUGGAAAUCGUCCAUUCAGUGUCAUCUCUGAAAAUAAUAGAAUUGUUGCAACACUAUCAAGCUCAUCAGCAACCGGUGGAUAUUUUUAUUGUACUCUUAAAACUGUCAGCAAUGGAAACACUAAUUGUAGGUGCGGCUGGAAAAAUCCGACCAGAAUUGCCGGUGGAGAAGAUACUGGAGUACAUGAGUACCCAAUGAUGGCAGAAGUUAUUGAUGCGAGUGGUGGAAUUAUUUGCGGUGCAACAAUUGUUAAUAAUAAACAAGUAAUAACUGCGGCUCAUUGUAUUAGCGGAAGAAAUUAUAAUAGUGUGGGUGUCUUGGUGGGUGAUCAUGAUUUGUCGACAAGAACCGAAACCACUGCAACUAAAUUAUUCCGAGUGGUUUCAUUUGUAAUCCAUUCAUUGUACAACGAACAUACUUUGGAUUACGACAUCGCUUUGAUAAAUAUUGAUGGUACUAUUGAAAUUUCUGAACAAGUAGGUCCGGUUUGUUUACCAUUCAAGCAUUCUCAAAGUCAUUUUCAAGACGAAACUGUUGAAAUUUUAGGCUGGGGUUCACUUGGUCCUGUUCAAAGUCAAUCGAAUGUACUUCAAAAGGCUCAAGUAAAAGUAAUCACCCAGCAGAGAUGUGCAAAUGACUACCCACGAAGAAUUGGAUCCAGACAACUGUGCACUUUAGAAAAUGAAAAAGACAGCUGUCAAUAUGAUAGCGGCGGUCCAGUUUUGUGGCGCAAUCCUGAAACAAGAAGAAUAAUUCUAGUUGCAAUGAUUGGCUACGGUAUGAUUUGUACAGACGGAAGACCUUCUGUAAAUAUUAGAGUUGGUGCAUACAUAGACUGGAUUGUAUCAAAUAAACCAUUAGGAUGGCAGUAUUGUAACGUUGAAUAAAUGAAACGAAAAAUAUCCAAUUCUGUUUUUUUAAAAUUUUCAGAAAAAUAACACUGUGAUAAUUCAUUGUUUUUUAAAUGUCAUUACAUAAUUUUCUCAGGAAAUUCAUUUUUCGCAUUUUAUGUAAUUUAUAGAAUAUGAAUAAUUUAAAAUUAGAAAAAAAAUAUAUAUAUGGAAUAAAAACAUGUUUAUAGGUGGCCGUGGUUAAAAAAAUAGUAAAAAUAAAUAGAAACUGUAUCGAUUUACUUGAGUAACCUUAAGCAAAGUGUCGAAUUUACACUUGUUACUGUUUUUCUUUGCGCGUAAAUUAUAAUUACAGUGCAUAUUGUUCUUACACGUGGAUUUAAGUUCUGUAUCAUUCAAUGGCAUUUAAUUGUUCUUGAACUCCAGUUCAGAAUUGUGAAGUAAAAAACACAUGUAUUAAUUAGGAGUAUUCUUAGCAUCUGCGGAACCAGAUGAGUUAUAAUAAUUAAAUUUUAUUUCAUAAGCUGGUAAUUCCAUCAGCUUCUUAAACUUAAGCCAAUUAUGUUAACAUAUUAGAUUUAGUUUUUUUUAAUUCUGACAUGAUUUUUUUUUUUAACGAAUUUCUAAUUUGCACAGAUAAAUUACAGCAAAAUAAUCAAAAAUUUCAAAAGGCUUCUGUUAAUUUUUAUACUACUAAAUAUUUUUCACGUAUGAUUUAGUAAAGAAUAUUUUUGAAUUCAAAUUAUUAAUUUUCUUAACAAUGUUUAAUGAACCGUAAUUUUAAAAUGGGUUUUGUGAAAAAUUGUUUUUUAAGUACAAGACAAAGGUUCAUUAAUUCGCAAGGUAAUAUGCGCAUGUCCGUAUCUCAAUUAUCAGGAGGAUUCGUGGAUUCGCUUGAGUAUCUCAGUUUACAGACGUAGCUCAUAGAAGCUGUGUACUAUCACAAUUAUUUAUCUGAAUUGCUAAAGAUUGUUGUUUUUUUAUAAGCUUAUAAAGACAAAAAAUAAAAAAAAUAUUAAUGGGUCCUGAAGAUAUUAGACCCGUGUCUUUUAACUUUGAAUUCAAUCCCAAUUUACGUAAUCUCAAGAGUUCCAAAUUUAAGUAGUAAAAUAUAUGUAAUUUUAAAAUAUAUACAUAUGAGUAAAUGGAAAAAAUU